AUGGCAUCUAUUGUAUAUGAUGGCGUUGGUGGUGGAGAGGCACUUUUUGAAGGCAUGAAGUUCUUCAUUCUUCAGCGAGUGCCUAUGCGCUCAAGGUGGAUAGAGUUAAUUCAGUCAAAUGGGGGUGAAGUAACAAAGUUCGAAAAGAAGGCUCAAAUUAUAAUCGCAGAUGGUGCGCGAAAAGAUGCGCCGCCGGGAUCUGUUUCAUGGAAGUUUAUUGAAGAAUCUGCGAAAGCUGGGAAAUUGGUAGACAUGGAAGCAUAUCGAUGCGGUGCGCAAGCAGGGACGAUUAGUGAACGAGCAACUGCACAGCCCGCAAAAACUUCACGCACACCUUAUACAGCCGAGGAUGACCGCAUUUUGACCAAAUGGGUCUUGAAGGCAGAGCGAAUGGGGCGGUCCACGAAGGGUAAUCAAAUAUACAUGGAAUUAGCGGCGCGGUACCCUCAUCAUACAUAUCAAUCUUGGCUAGAUCAUUGGAAGCGCUACCUUCUACCUCGCCAUGAGGCAGGAAAAUUACAUUACGAUAUAGAAGAUGGCGACUCACCAUCUCCCGAAAGGCAACCAAAAUCUGCUAAAAGGGAGCCCGCCAAGCCUCCUCCAACAAGAAUUCCUCAUGAACGAGUACAACCAUGUGCUCCAAAAGAAAGAGUCCCGGUUCCUGAUCCUUCAUCCCUUCAAAGGCAUUCAAGCUCCCAGUCAUCGCGGCCGGCAUUUUCAAAAGCCUCGUUUCCGGAGGGGGAUACACGAAAGCCUGUGGAUAGACGACCUUUCACAAAAGAGGACGAUGAUUUACUUCGGAAAGAGUUUGUGGGAAUUUGUAAACUUGAUCCCAGUAAAGAGAUUGCGGCUUGGGAGGCAUGUAAUCGAGCACAUCCUGAUCAUACAGCCCAGGAAUGGCGAAACUAUUUCCACGAAGAGUUUUUUCCUCGAGAAAUGAAAGAAAGGGAAAUGAAAAAGCAGGCAAAAAUUAAGCCUGUGCCAUCGACAACCAGUCGGCAUGUUUCUAAUCCCUCACAAGAUGAAGUUCACAAAGCAUCCACGCGAACAAAGCAUUCUACCAAUGACCCCGAGAAAGCUUCAGUAAAAGCUGCUGUCAAAAGCCCAGUUAUUCCUUCUCAAAAUUUUAGGUCAAGAGCCCACCAGGAGCCAAAAUCAACACCCGAGGUUAUUUCAGGAAAAGUUGAUCUAGAACAAAGGCCUUAUACGAAUUCGCUUCUGAAGGAAGAGGCAUAUUUUACCCAUACCCUAAAAGAAUUCUCGGAGGCCUUGGGAUUUGAACCUGAUGACUUGAACUUUUAUCCCGUAGUUUGCGGAAAAGAGAUUUCCAUUUUCAAACUUUGGCAGAUCGUCAUGUUAUUUGGUGGCUUUGCAAAGACAAACGCUGACAGCCGAUGGCAAGAGGUAGCUGAUAGACUAAGCUUUCCCAUUGUGAACCGUGCCAAGGCAGCUAAAGAUUUGAAAAGUUGUUAUGAAGAAAUAUUAUCUGAAUUAGAAACAGCAGUUGAUGAGGCCCAGAACGACACAGAGAAUCCUGAAUUCACAACCUCUCAAGAAGAAGUUAUGAUAGCAUCACAGCUCGAAGCUACAAUUUUACGCAGUGUUCAGAGAUCCUCCGAUCAUGAAGAUGGGAUAGAGGACAACGAUGAAGUUUCAAAGCUACCACCACCGAGGACUAAACCCAAGCAACAGUUUACCACGCCAACCAAGAAACGCACAAUUGACUCUGACGGCUUGUCCAACCGUACCGGUUCUUCUGUGACUAAGCACGAAAUCAAGCGUCGUAAGGUCCAGAAGGGCAAAGGUAAAGAAGUGGAAAUUCCAUCCACUCCAGAACAUAUUUUCAAUGCUACACAACCGCCUAUAAGUCAUCAUACAGCACCGCCUAAGUAUCCAUUUGAUGAAAAUAGCGAAGAUGACGAUCGUGAAGCCCGAGAAAGAAUUCGUCGUAUUCAGAAAAGGAAACCAGAAGGGUCAUCUGGGAAACCUUCAGCCAAGGACCCCUUGCUCGAGCCAGAGACGCAAGAUUUCCAUUAUCCAGACAUUGGCAAAGAAGCCUCGAUAGCAUCUCCGACUCCAGCUCCGAAAAAUAGAGCUGCAAAGGAUAUCAUUGAUUUAACUCAAGAUUCAACUACAGAGUCGGAAACAGAACCAGAACCAGAACCAGAUUCGGAAUCAGAUUCGGAAGACUCAAUUAACGCCGAAUUCGCCAAAUAUCUGGACCUUGGCUAUUCCCGUGAAAUCAUAGCAGAAGCUCUCAUUGCAUCGACUUACGUAUAUGACGUUGCAAGCGUUAUUAUGGAACAAUUGAAAAUGGGCCACGAUAUCCCGGACAAUAUGGAAGGAGCCUGGACUAAAAGGGAUGAUGAUGCGCUACUGAAGGGCACGGGGCCAGAGUAUGAGAGAAUAAGAGAGAAACAUGGUGAUGCAAGGAUUGCUGCGAGGAAGAAGUUUAAUCGACAUAUUCAGAGUCUUCAAGAAUUGGAUUGA